GCAUUAGGUAAGCCAUGGCAGAUCCAAGAUCGCUCCCUAAGACCUGGACAACUCCAACCACCGACACUCUCCACAUGGUGGGCGGAAAUAACUCUGGGGCAUCACCGGAUUCCUUGCCAGGCACUCCUCCUCGCCAGCCUCAUCGUUGGUCAACGAGGUCCUGGACAACCGACCACCCGUCCGUCGGAUGCCCCUGCCACUGAGUGUGGGGCCUACAGUGUAGAGUAAGCGGGUCUCCUGGCUCCCCACAAGCAUGGGUGACAAGGGCAGUUCGGGCCGCAAUAUGGGGUACCUUUAUUACUGUUAUUUGCAGAGCCACAGAGAGCAUGCCCAAGAGCCAGAGGUGUGAGGCUGAUGCUGAGUGCUUCCAGAACUUUAGAGCAAAG